CCACCAUCGGCAAGCCGGAACCAACCACAGCACCUGCUAAUUGGCACAGGGACCAAGACGAGUCUCCAGGACACCAAUGGCUGCAGCGGUCCAAUCACAGCUGUGUAAGGGCGGGCUGACGGGCCCGCUGGGCCAACAGGACUGCGCGGGACCUCGGCCUCUGGACCCACCGUUGGAAUCCGAGCUGGAUAAAGCGCCUCCCACCAACCCCGAAGGCACGAAGGGGUCCCGGACCAAAGGUAGUGGGUUCCCAAGGUCCGAUCCUUCUUCGCCCCUGCUACCCGUGUGCUCAGCUCCGUCUUCGGCCUGCAGCGCCGUCGCUGUAUCGGAGCAAGGCAAUAUGCCUGAGCUGGUGGUGACCGCUCUGCUGGCUCCUUCACGCAUCUCGCUGAAGCUGCUGCGCUUCUUUAUGUGGAUCUUCGUGUACUCCGCGGCGAUACUGACCGCCGCUGUCUAUGGCUGCGUCGCGCUCACACACGUGCUGUGCAGGCCCAGCCGUGGCUGCUCCGGGCGUCCCCGGCGUGCGGCUCCCGCCUGCCUGGUAGACCCCACACUGGGCGAGCACGGCUUCCUGAACCUCUCGAGCUCCGGCCUGCGCCUGCACUUUGUCUCUGCUGGUCGCGGAAACGGGCCCCUCAUGCUGUUUCUGCACGGCUUCCCUCAGAACUGGUUUUCCUGGCGAUACCAGCUCCGGGAGUUCCAGAGCCACUUCCAUGUCGUGGCUGUGAACCUUCGAGGCUACGUCCCCUCAGAGGCUCCGAAGGAUGUGGAAUGCUACACCAUGGACCUGCUGAUGGCUGACAUCCAGGAUAUCAUCCUGGGCCUGGGUUACUCCAAGUGCAUCCUUGUGGCCCACGACUGGGGUGCUGUCCUCGCCUGGAAUUUCUCCAUUUAUUUCCCAUCCCUUGUUGAGCGGAUGGUAGUGGUCAGUGCUCCCCCCAUGUCGGUGUUCCAAGACUACUCAAUUCGCCACAUCAGCCAGUUCUUCAGAUCGAACUAUAUGUUCCUGUUCCAGCUUCCCAGGCUGCCAGAGAAGCUGCUGUCCAUGUCUGACUUCCAGAUCCUGAAGAGCUCCCUCACUGACCGCAAGACGGGCAUCCCACGCCUGACCCCCUGUGAGCUCGAGGCCUUCCUUUAUGGCUUCUCUCAGCCUGGCGGCCUCACUGGGCCCAUCAACUACUACCGAAACCUCUUCAGGCAAGUCCCCCUGGAGCCCCAGGAGUUGGCUGUACCUACGUUGCUGCUGUGGGGAGAGAAAGACCCCUACUUCCAGGCGGGGAUAGUGAGGGCCAUCGAGAGCCGCUUUGUGCCAGGCCGGCUGGAGGCCCACAUCCUUCCAGACGCAGGACACUACAUCCCCCAGAGCCAUCCCCGGGAGAUGCACCAGUACAUGUGGGCCUUCUUGCAAGACCUGCUGCACUAGUGGCCCUCGCUCACCUGCCUUUCUGGGUGCACAGGAACAUGCACACUCAGGAACACACACCUGCUCCCUGAGCAUGCCUGGGAUGGACGCCUGGGUCACACGGAAAUAUGUUAGGCACACCAGGCCCUGUGCUCACACACAGGCCUGGCUGCAUGCAUGUGUGAGCAAGCAUUGUGACUUGGAAACUGGCUAUGCCUCCCCUUGGUGGAGCCACCAGCUAAGACCGAGUAUCUUACCUUUCCUUGCGACAGUUGGCCUCCUGUGGCUGCACAAAACCGUAAACUCUGGUCUUCCUGUCCCUGGCUUCUGUCUCAAACCUGGAUCUUAAUUCUUCUUCACUAUUGAAUCCAAUACAGUAGUGCUAGACACGUGUAGUUACUUGCACUUAAGUGCGAAUUUAUCCAAAUGAAAUCUAAUGACAAAAUACAGUGCCUCAGUCACACUGGCUAUAUAUCAAGUGCUUAUUUGUCAUACUGGUGAAGAAAGUUCCAUUAAGCUGGGUGUGGUGGCACACACCUGUUACCCCA